AUGGCCGCGUCACGAGUCUUCUCCAUUACCGGGGGAGCAUCGGGCAUCGGCGCCGCCCUUGGACGACUACUGGCCCAGCGAGGAGCGUCGGCGCUCUGGAUAGCAGACAAGAACCGCACACAUAUCCAGACGCUGGCCGACGAGAUCCGAUCCAUCAAUCCCGCCACCGCCGUCCACACGCAUCAGGUCGACGUGUCGGUGGCGCACGAGGUGGACGACUGGAUCAACACCGUCGUCCAGGCCGGGCCGUUGCACGGAGCGGCCAACGUGGCGGGUCUGGCCCAGGCCGUGGCGAGUUCGAGUUCGAGUUCCAGAGCCGCACCCACCAUCCUCCAGGAGACCGACGAGUCCUGGAGGAGAGUGAUGGGCGUCAACAUCGACGGAGUCUUCUACUGCACGCGCGCACAGGUGCGAGCCAUGAAAGCCGUCAUGCCGCCUCGCUCGCACUGCUCCAUUGUGAACGUGGCCAGCAUGGUCGCGCUGUUCCAUGUCGGCGACACCUACGGCUACGCCACGUCCAAGGCCGCCUGUGCCUAUUUCUCCACCAGCGUGUCCAAGGACGUGUAUCCGUGGGGGAUCAGGGUGAAUUCCGUUUCUCCGGGAAAUGUCGAAACUCCCAUGAUGGACGAUAUCCUGCCCUCGACAUCCCCUGAACAGCGUCGCCAGUUGAUCAGGGCCUCGGGCAUGGAUCCCAUGCAUCCAUCCUCGGUCGCCAGGGUGAUUGCCUGGCUGCUGAGCGAAGACUCUCUGGACGUGACGGGCGUCAACCUACCGGUUGGACAGGGCUAUCCUUGA